AUGGAAGCACAGAUCGAAAACGCCGUGGCUAUCCUGGGGAAUCCCCAGUCGGACCAGUCGCUCAAAGCGCAGGCCUUUGAAUACCUCAACCAGCUAAGAAACGACCCGUCGGGCUGGCACACGUGCACAAACCUCUUUGUCCAGGCACCGCAGUCGGCCGAGGUGCUCCGCCUCGUCUGCCUCGAGGUCGUCAACUUCGCCGUCCACACCCAGGGACUCGACCCUGCGAGCCUCACCUACCUCAAGGACUCGCUGCUGCAGUACGUGCGUCAGGCUUACGGCCUCAGCCCCCAGAGGGAACCCGACGCGCCCCACCUCCAGAACAAGCUCACCCAGACCCUGACGUACCUCUUCGUCUUCCUGUACCGCGAGGGCUGGCAGUCCUUCCUCGACGACUUCCUCGACAUCUCGGGGCUGCCCGCCGGCGCCGACAACGUCAACGGGUCCGUCCUGUACCUGCGCGUCCUGAGCUCCAUCCACGACGAGAUCGCCGACAUGCUCCUGUCGCGCGAGAGCGGCGAGGCCAAGCGCAACACGGAGCUCAAGGACUCGCUGCGCGCCCAGGACGUCUACAAGGUGGCCGACUCGUGGAAGCAGCUGCUCGUCCGCUACGGCUCCAACAAUGUCAUCGUCGAGCUCGUCCUCAAGGUCAUUGCCAAGUGGGUCAGCUGGAUGGACAUCUCGCUCGUCGUCAGCCAGGAGAUGCUCGGCCUGCUGCUGCCCCUCAUCGGCCGCGCCAGCCAGGCGGGCGCCGACGAGCUCAAGGUGCGCAGCGCCGCCAUCGAGACCUUGACUCAGAUCAGCGGCAAGAAGAUGCGGCCCCAGGACAAGGUCGAGAUGAUCUCCUUCCUCAACCUGCGCGAGAUCGUCGGCCAGCUCAUCGCCAGCCCGUCGCUCAGCGAGUACAAGGGCACCUCGCACUACGAUACGGACCUGGCCGAGGCCGUCGCCAACCUCAUCAACACCGUCGUCGCCGACAUUGUCCGCGCGCUCGAGGACGCCUCCAUCGGCCAGGACACGCGCACACUGGCCAACCAGCACCUCAACGCCUUCCUGCCCUUCCUCCUGCGCUUCUUCUCCGACGAGUACGACGAGGUCUGCUCCACCGUCAUCCCCGCCCUCACCGACCUUCUCACCUUCCUCCGCAAGCUCGGCCAGCUGCCCCAGGAGUACCUGGACAUGCUUCCACCCGUCCUCGACGCCGUCGUCCGAAAGAUGCGCUACGACGAGACGGCCACCUGGGGAAACGAGGACGAGCAGACGGACGAGGCAGAGUUCCAGGAGCUCCGCCGCAAGCUGCAGAACCUCCAGAAGACCAUCGCUGCCAUCGACCAGCCCCUCUACAUGAACACCCUCAGCAACCUCGUCGCCAAUACCUUCCAGAAGCUCGACCAGCAGGGUUCCCAGAUGGACUGGCGCGACCUCGACCUCGCCCUCUACGAGAUGUACCUCUUCGGAGAGCUCGCCCUGCCGAACCAGGGGCUGGGAACCAAGAACCAGCCGAACGGCGAGGCUUCGGAACGUCUGGUGGUUAUGAUCAGGAAGAUGGUCGAGUCCGGAAUCGUCAAUCUCGAUCACCCCGCGAUCCUACUCCAGUACAUGGAGAUUUGCGUCCGUUACUGCGUCGUCUUCGAGAGCAACCACGACUAUAUCCCGGUAGUGCUCGAGAGCUUUGUCCGCCUGGUCCACCACAGCCACGUCCGCAUCAAGACGAGGUCGUGGUACCUCUUCCACCGCUUCAUCAAGCAUCUGCGCGCGCAGGUAGGCAACGUGGCCGAGACGGUGAUACAGUCCAUCGGAGACCUGCUGCCCAUCAAGGCCGAAGUCCCCAGUGACGAGGCCGACGACGACAUGUCAUCCGACGAGUCGGACCACUCUGCCGACGCCCUCUUCACCAGCCAGCUCUACCUAUUCGAGGCGAUCGGGUGCAUCUCGUCGACGCAGAGCACGCCGGCAGACAAGCAGGCCCUCUACGCACGGUCGGUCAUGGACCCCCUGUUCCGCGACAUGGAGGAGCACCUGCCCCGCGCCAAGUCAGGCGACACGCAGGCCAUCCACCAGAUCCACCACAUCGUCAUGGCCUUGGGCACGCUAGCGCACGGCUUCUCGGACUGGACGCCCGGCUCGACGGCGGCGACGCAGCACGCGCCGCCCGACCCGGCCGUGUCGCAGGAGUUCUCGCGCGCGGCCGAGGCGAUCCUCAUCUCUCUGAGCCAGCUCAACUCUUCCGAGGAGAUCCGCAUCGCGUGCCGAUCCGCCUUCUCGCGCCUUCUGGGCGUGCUGGGCUCGGUCGUGCUGCCGCAGCUGCCGCAGUGGAUCGAGGGGCUCCUGUCGCAGAGCUCGUCCAAGGACGAGAUGGCCAUGUUCCUCCGGCUCCUGGACCAGGUGGUCUUCGGCUUCAAGUCGGAGAUCUACGACGUGCUCAACACGCUCCUGGCCCCGCUGAUGGACCGCAUCUUCAGCGGGCUGGCGGAGCCGAUCGUCGGCACCGACGACGAGAUCCAGCUGGCCGAACUACGCAGGGAGUACCUCUCCUUCAUCCAGAUCAUCCUCAACAACGGGCUCGACGGCGUGCUCAUCAGCGAGUCCAACCAGGCCUCGUUCGAGCGCAUCGUCAGCUCCAUCACCGACAUCGCCCGCACGCUGGAUAGCAACCUGGGGCCCAGCCGCCUCGCCUUCACCGUCAUGAGCCGCAUCUGCUCCAUCUGGGGCGGGCCGGACGUGGCCACCAUCUCCCAGAAUCCCACGGCCCCCUCGGGACCCCCGACCCCGGCCAUUCCCGGCUUCGACAGCUUCGUUAUCGAGCGCUUCCACUCGGUCUGCUGGGAGGUGAUGCGCAACCCGGCCUUCCGUCCGCAGGACGCCCAGUCCAAGCAGGUCCUCGUCGAGAUCGCCGGGCUAGAGCAGGUCAUCUACACCAAGACCGGAGACGUCCUCAUCAGCCAGCUCCAAUCCACACUGUUUCCUUCACUGGGAAUCAGCCCCGAUGACUUUCUCAGGUCACUGACCACCUCGGUCGACAAGAGGACCUUUGCAAACUAUCUCCAGAGUCUACUAAAAAGUUGGUAA